AUGGCAGACGUCCUUCCAACCGCCACCGCCACCCCUGCUGUCCAACAGGACUCCUCUUACAGCACCCGAGUCAAGGAAGAGGUCAAGGAACGUCUGACCUCGUUCAGGUCUGGCUUUCGCUUGGGCGAGUUGUCCGGAUCUCUCGGUGAUCUUGGUACACUCUUGCCUAUCCUCUUAUCGCUUUCGCUUACAGGCCAGGUCGACCUGACGGCCAGUUUGAUCUUUGGAGGUGUUUGGAAUAUUGUUACGGGUAUCGUCUUCCGUAUGCCCAUGUGUGUCCAGCCCAUGAAGUCAAUUGCUGCGAUCGCGUUGACCAACAAGAUGUCGAUGGGCUCUGUCAUGGGCGCCGGAAUGUCAGUCUCGGCCGUCGUCAUGUUCCUCGGUCUCACCCGGACAAUCUACCUCGUUAAGCGCUACACUCCCCUCGCCGUCAUCCGCGGCAUUCAGCUCGGAACAGCAGUCUCCUUUGCUGGCAAAGCCGCCGAUCUCAUCAAACAGGCACACACGUUCGGUGGUGAAGGAUGGGAUUGGGCCAACAACUAUGAAUGGGCCUGUGUCACCUUCAUCAUCGUCUUCUUGUUCUACUACCGCUCCAAGCGCAUCCCGACCGCAAUCAUCAUCUUCAUGAUGGGCUUGAUCAUCGCCUUCAUCAAGUUGUACACCAACCCUCCUGCCAACGUCGUCUACCCCAAGAUUGGAGUCUACACCGUCUCGACCAUCGUCCCCACACCCGAGGAAUUCAAGCACGGUUUCCUGUCCGCCGGUCUCGGUCAAAUCCCUCUCACGGCCCUGAACUCUGUCAUCGCCCUCGCCGCCCUCGCCAACGACCUCUUCCCCGAGAAGCCCGCCGGCACUCCCACCAUCGCGGUGUCGAUCGGCGCCAUGAACUUGAUCGGCUGUUUCUUUGGAUCGAUCCCCUUCUGCCACGGAUCCGGCGGUCUCGCCGCCCAGUACCGCUUCGGCGCCCGCUCAGAGGUCUCCAUUAUCAUCCUGGGAACCCUCAAAAUCUUCUUUGGCCUCUUCUUUGGUUCCUCCCUCUCAGGUCUCAUCCAAUGCUUCCCCACCGCGAUUCUGGGUGUCAUGCUGUUCGUCAGCGGUAUCGAAUUGGGCGCCGUCGCUCGUACUGUUAACGACGGAGUCCACGACGACGUGAAGCGCCACGCAAACUUCAUUGUCAUGAUCACCACGGCCGGUAUGUUGGUCGGUUUCAAGAACGACGGUGUUGGUUUCUUGGGUGGUAUGGUCGUGGCUGCAUGCUUCUACUUGGCCGCGAAAUACGGUGGUUCUAUCGAUGAGGACAACACCGGUGUCAUGGCUCAACAACAACAGGAUCAGCAUCCUUAUGGUGCCACUCAGGACAGUUUCCCUGCCGCCGCCCGUGGCAGCGAUGAUGAAGACCAGUCUUCCAUUCGCAAGGUCCCUGUCGAGACCGAGCAGCAGCAACCCCAGCAGCCCCGCGUUUAA